CAAACAAACUGCAAAUUGCUCAUAUAUGACUGAGGCAGAGAAAGACAGGUGACUAGAAAUAUUAAAACAAAACAAAGCAAAACAACCACCAAAAAAAGCAAAAGAGAAAAAGGGAAAAGGAAAUACAUACUUCUUCCCCCUACUAAGCUAGAUAAAAUAAAAUUUAAGGCAACCGAAACAAUGCAUCCAAUCUACGUGAGACGAGACUCCAGCAUCCCCACCUAUGGGCUCCGUCAGUCCAUCCUACUGAACACCAGGCUUCAGGACUGCUAUGUGGACUCACCGGCUCUCACCAACAUCUGGACGGCCAGAAUGUGUGCAAAGCAGAACAUCAGGACCCCAGCACCAGGUAGCACCUCUUCUUGGGAAGUUGUAAAGAAUCCGUUAAUUGCCAGUUCUUUCUCCCUGAUUAAGCUGGUGCUCAGGCGACAACUUAAGAAUAAGUGUUGCCCAGGACCACGCAAGUUUGAAGAAAAGCCCUCGAAGGGAUUAAAACCCAAGGACAAUUCAGCAACAAAAGCCAUGCAUCGGUGCGGGAUAAGAAACUCCAUCAGUUCCAAGGGCAAACGGCCAGUGGGGCAGCACUCAGGCUCACCGAGGCUCAGGAGGUCUGCAGGAGGCGUCAACAAGAGUAAAGAAAGUUCAAAGGAGAAAAAAGUAACAGUCCGCCAAGAUCUUGAGAAGAGAUAUGCCGAACAUGUGGCUGCCACCCAAGCAUUACCCCGGAACAUUGGGACAGCAGCCUGGAAGGGCCGAGCGUUGUUUCCUGAAACCAGACAGAGACGGCAGUUGUCCGAGGACAAGCUGACCAUCCACGGCCUCUCCACAGAGGGUUACAGGGCUCUGUACCACUCUGUGGUUGAGCCGAUGCUAUGGAAUCCUUCAGGGACCCCCAAGAGGUACAGCUUGGAGCUGGGCAAGGCCAUCAAACAAAAGCUCUGGGAGGCUCUGUACAGCCAGGCCGCCAGUCCUGGAGGUGCUCAGGACCCAGUGCCUGGCAGGAGGCAGCUGGAGGUCCAUGAGGAGCCUGUGCCCAAGAAAUGGCCCAAGUUAAAGAGAGAGAAAUAGAACUGGAGCUCACGGGCUUAGGAUAUUCUCUGCUAGAUGUCUGAAAAAUAAACACCACUUUGCACCUUCCACAUAAUCUCAGAGUGCUUU